AUGGCGCAAGAGCAGAUGAAGAACACGCGAAAGCACCCUCUAUCAAGCGCAGUCAUGCCUUCGCAACGUCGACCAUUCGUCGGACCUACCCCAAACAUGUUGCCGUCCGAUCUUCCAGCCAGGUUCGAACGAAAUGCAACGGGUGGCCACGCCUUCCUGCCUCCCAUGGCACCUCACGACCACAACCUACUCCUCGGGGAACUAUCUCACUGGCCUUCUUUUCCGCAUCUCAAUCAUCCAUUCGAAAAUUCAUAUCCUGAUCUAACAGCCCGACGCCGACAACACCCACUUCCGUUCAGCAUGUCGCGCAACGAGCAGAACGUCAACCUCAACACUGACAUAAAAAGAGUCGACCCCAAACCGCCGGCGACACCAGCGCAAGGCCGCGGUUGCACAAGUCCCGCUGACCAGCGCCAUGAUUCUCUGACUAGAGGAGACAACACUCACGUCUCGCCCGCACCGCUUCCGAUAGGCUGGAACGGUAGUCGUGUUCCAUCGGACGACGUUCCGAGGAAGGCGCCGCUGGCAGCUCGUUUUUCAGAUGACAUCUCACCAUUCAUAGCGAGAAAGAUUCCGCAAGCGAAGCAGCAGAGGUCCACCAGUCAACCAAAGGCAACUACGGGACCUUCCCAAGGCAGUCGAGUACGUCGGCAGAAAUCAUUCACUACGCCGCCGUUGGGCACUCCUAAGCGAGGACGGCCACGACUAGAUGAUGGAAUCCAGGAUGCUAACGCCGCUGGUGACCUGGACUGUCAAGGUGAUGACAAGGUCAGCCAACGACUGGGUGCGCAGCCUCCCAUCGGUAUGUUUGCGCCUCCACAGGUAUCGUCCGCGACUCCACCAAAACCCAGGAGACCACGCCCGAAGUAUAGCUAUGUUGUUCCUCUAGAGUUGUUAGGCACACAAAAGGCCCUUGGCCCAGACAACUGGGACGAAUACGUGUACCUCAUGGAGCAGCUCUGGACCGAAGAAAUCACCUUUGACGAGUUUGGCAAGCGUACGAAACGGAUAUUCCAAGUAUUCGAUGAGAGUAUUCGGAAGAGGUUGAACAAUACCGUAGCGAUGAAGAUGAUAGUGCCGCGGCUCGAGGAAGUGCGGGAGAGAGGUCAGUCGACUAAGGGUACGGACGACGUUUAG